AUGAGUGACCAUGCAUCUUCAAAAGAUUUAAUGCGAUCGUCCAAAUUAUGUUCAAUAGAACUGCCUUCAGAAAAAUUUUAUAAUUAUUUGAAUGCUUAUGGUGAAAACAUAGAAGCGUACACUGAGGAGUGCAAUUCAUUAAAGGAUCCUUACAAUAAUAAAGUCAUUAAAAAACUUUGCACAAAGAUGGUAAAAUUUUUAAAAACUAGAAAUACGGAAGUUGAUAGAAGUAAAUUUUCUUUCGAUGACUGCAUUCUUUUUAAUUAUUGGAUAUAUGAAGAAUUAUCUAAAUUUUAUAAUUCUUAUAAUCAUACUAAGGAAUUUCUAGCUUUUGGCAAUCUACAGCGUAUAUGGAAUGAUGUUAUUGGUAACCAUUCCAUUAAAUCUAGUUCAAAUAAUUGUGAACCCUAUUUUAAAAUAUACAGUGAACAGGAUUGGCAAAAAAGAAAGAAAUUGUAUGAAUUCUGUGUUCAUUAUGACACAAUUCGUGGGAUUGUUGAAAACUUUGAUAUGUGCAAUGAAUUCUAUGAAUACUUUGAAAGUAAAAUUGAAUUAUUUAAGCAUUUUGAUUCCAUUUGUUCUAGUAAUAGAGACAAUUGUCCAAUAUUUUAUGAUAAAUAUAAGGAUUAUAACCCGAAGAAUUUUUUAGACAAGCUGAAAUGUCACCCAGAAAUGCAGACAAAAAAACUUAUUUCUGCAUCAUCCAAACAUAGAGAACAAGACAACACAAUUGCAACUGGGAAUUUUCAUACACCCAAGUCAACAUUAGAAGAUGGUUCUUUUUCUCCUUCGCAUUUUCCAUCCUGUAGUACCAAUAAUAAAGAAAAAUUUAGUUAUUUAAUUUUUGGUGUAGCAAUUUCUAUAAUUCCAGCAUUUAUAUAUAAAUUUACACCCUUAGGAAAUAAAUUACAUGAGAUCAUAGGAUUGGGCAAAAACUAUAUAAAUAAUAUUAAUAAAAGUGCAUAUAGAAAUUUUGAUAAAAUGUCAGGAAUAUAUAAUGCAUUAUAUGAUAUAGAAGAACAUUAUAUACAAUAUAAUUCUUCCGGAUUUUUUUAA